AUUUUCACCUUUGAAUCUUAGAAUUUAAAUUUUGCUUUUGAAGAGGGCCUUAAAUCCGUGACGGCUUUGUUUUUGAUGAAAUUGGAGUACGAUGGCGGGAUAUUCAACGAAAGGCGCUCCUACUAAUGGAUCAGUCUACGUUUCAAAUCUUCCAUUAGGAACUGAUGAGAAUAUGUUGGCUGAGUAUUUUGGGACCAUUGGGUUGCUUAAGAGAGACAAACGAACUGGUACUCCCAAGGUAUGGCUGUACCGGGAUAAAGAGACUGAUGAGCCCAAGGGAGAUGCUACUGUUACCUAUGAGGAUCCCCAUGCUGCUUUGGCUGCUGUUGAAUGGUUCAAUAAUAAAGAUUUUCAUGGAAACACUAUUGGAGUUUUUAUGGCUGAGUCGAAGAAUAAAAAUGCUGGUGAUGCAGUUGAGUUUGUUGAAUUCAAUGGAGGUCCUCAGGAAACAAAUGAAGGUGCUGGAAGGGGUAGAGUUCAGGCUGAUCCGUCGGCAAAGCCAUGGCAGCAAGAUGGUGACUGGAUGUGCCCAAAUACAAGUUGUACAAAUGUGAAUUUUGCAUUCCGUGGGGUUUGUAACCGCUGUGGAACUGCUAGACCAGCUGGUGCAUCUGGUGGCAGCAUGGGUGCUGGUGGUCGUGGAAGGGGUCGAGGUGGAGGGGCUGAUGGUGGGGCACCGGGGAAGCAGCCCAGUGGUGCUCCUACUGGUCUCUUUGGUCCAAAUGAUUGGGCUUGUCCAAUGUGUGGCAAUGUCAACUGGGCUAAGCGUUUAAAAUGUAAUAUCUGCAACACCAAUAAACCUGGUCAGAAUGAAGGUGGUGUGAGGGGAGGUCGUGGUGGUGGUUACAAGGAAUUGGAUGAACAAGAAUUAGAGGAAACAAAGAGACGUAGGCGUGAGGCUGAAGAAGAUGAUGGUGAAAUGUAUGAUGAGUUUGGGAAUCUAAAGAAGAAGUACCGUGUUAAAACAAGCCAAGCUGACACCAGACCUGCUGUUGCUGCUGGUCGUGCUGGGUGGGAAGUCGAGGAACUAGGUAUUGGUAAAGAUGGAAGAGAGAGAAGCAGGGACAGGCAAAGAGACCGUGGUAGAGAUCAUCACUACGAUAAGGAUAGACGCAGAAGCAGAAGCAGAAGCCGAGAGAGGGAAAGAGGCAAGGAGCGGGACUAUGACUAUGACCAUGAUCGGGACAGAGACAGAGACUAUGGUCGCGAACGUGGAAGCAGGUAUCGUAACUGAGAGAUUGCUCAUAAGUGUUAGGGUUUAGUUUCUCAUCUGUUUUAUCGACUUCUGCAACGGCAUUACAAUGUCUUGGCCUUUUGUUUACUUAUUGUGUGAAGUGAAAGUCUUUUUGGUACUUCAAUCAAUGGCUAUUGUUUUU